AUGUGGGGCCUCUUUGCGCCCCUUAAUUACCUCCCGGAGAUGGCUUCGCUUCAUGGAUUUGGGGACUUUGCGCUUGACGCCAUCGGACAAUUCAACGCCAUAUGCAUCGUGACAACUCUAUCCGGUGUCUUGGUGUUGGCCUUCUGGCUGCCACUGGACUUUCAAACGUACCUGGCCGGUAUUAUCGUGUUCUCCUUACUCUUUGGUUUUAUCAGUGGCGGCUUCGUGAGCGCUCUGCUUGGUCAUCGCGCUAGGGGAUUGACCGGCCUUCCUAUCGAAGGAGCAAUUAAAGACCGCGAAGGCAACAAGCUCACGGGCUUGAUGUACUUUGCAGGAGCAACUAUGAUUCUUAGGAGAAUAUGCACCGGGGCCGCUUGA